CAUCGGAGGAGGAGGAGGUGUUCCUGGCAGCCAUCUUGGAUGUGCGGAGUGAUUGUUUAGCGAGAAGAAUUGACAUUUUAAAAAAGAAAAAGAGACUUUAUAAUAAUUCAUAGAAGAUUUACGGGAGUGGGGCGGCCGAGGAAAGACAUCGGAGCCAGGAAACAUCCAGUGAAAGAAGGCAUGAAGACAUCAUCUUAGCGAUUAGUCAUGGCCGAUAAAAGGAAACUACAAGGUGAAAUAGAUCGAUGUCUGAAAAAAGUAGCGGAGGGUGUGGAACAGUUUGAAGACAUUUGGCAAAAGCUUCACAACGCAGCCAACGCAAACCAGAAGGAGAAAUAUGAAGCAGACCUCAAGAAAGAGAUCAAAAAGUUACAGCGUCUUCGAGACCAGAUCAAGACGUGGGUGGCUUCCAACGAGAUCAAAGACAAACGGCAGCUAGUAGAGAACCGCAAACUCAUAGAAACGCAAAUGGAGCGAUUCAAAGUGGUGGAGAGGGAGACGAAGACGAAGGCGUAUUCUAAAGAGGGCCUCGGUCUGGCCCAGAAGGUCGACCCGGCUCAGAAGGAGAAGGAGGAGGUCGGCACGUGGCUAACGAAUACGAUAGACACGUUGAACAUGCAGGUGGAUCAGUAUGAGAGCGAGGUGGAGUCUCUCUCGGUCGUUACGAGGAAAAAGAAAGGAGACAAGGAGAAACAGGACCGGAUUGAAGAGCUCAAGAAAUUUAUCGAAAAGCAUCGACACCACAUCCGGAUGCUGGAGACGAUCCUGAGGAUGCUCGACAACGACUCUGUGCAGGUCGACUCCGUCAGGAAGAUCAAGGACGACGUGGAGUAUUACCUCGACUCGUCGCAGGAUCCAGACUUCGAGGAGAACGAGUUUCUUUACGACGACCUCGACCUGGAAGACAUCCCUCAGGCGCUGCUCGCCACCUCCCCGCCGGGAAACUCGAUCUUGGAGGACGAGAUCUUCCAGCACUCCAGCAGCACGCCGACCUCCACCACCUCGUCCUCGCCCAUCCCCCCUUCACCUGCUACUUGCACUACGGAGAACUCAGAAGACGACAAGAAGAGGGGCCGAUCGACGGACAGCGAAGUGAGUCAGUCACCUGUGAAGAACGGAAACCCCUCGUCCUCGUUAUCCUCGUCCUCCUCCUCCUCUUCCUCCUCCUCCUCAUCGUCCUCCUGCUCUUCCUCCUCCGUCUCCGGACUGGCCUCGUCCUCACUGGUCUCUAUGGCAACCAUCGCCGUGGGAGGAAGCGGCGGCGCCUCAGGGGGCAGCAGCCAUCAGGUGAACUCUUUCGGUCUGCUCUCCAACGCCGCCGCCAGCAGCUACAGCAACGCCACCCAGCAGCCCCCCCACCCGUUGGUCCAGCAGCAGCAGGUCAAGAACUCCGUCAUCUCGUCCUCCAUCUCGACUCCUCUGACAAACUCCGCCUCCUCCGCCAUCAGUUAUCCCGCCUCCUCCGCCGCCUCUCCCCCCAACGCCAGCACGCAGGGUCUCCUGUCCUCUAGCUCGCAGCCCCUCGCUCUGUCGGCGUCCCCGCAGAACUCCAACAGUCUGGGCCUGGGUCUGGGUCUCUCUCUGGGGAAAGGCGGCAUGUCGGGCUCCCUCACCAGCAGCCCCAUGUCUGGAGGUCUCGGCCUGUCGGGGAUGCCGGCGUCCCUGAGCACCAUGGCGAGCCUCCUGUCCAGCUCCACCGCGCCCUACUCUCAGGCAGCCUCCACCGGCGCCUUCAGCUCGGGCCUGCCCGGCUCCUUAGGCGGCGUCAGCACCACCAGCACCACCAACAGCGCUCUGGGCUCCAUCGGCAGCGGCAACAUGACAGUCGGCGGGCCGACAUCCACAUCAGGAGGUCUGCUGGGAGCGGCGCCCGGCCUCAACAGCAUCGGCUCUGGGAUUCUGGGUCUGGGCUCGAGUCAGUCGGGGAUGCAGGGGUCUUCUCUGAUGUCGCUGAGCCCCGUCGGAGGUUUGGCGCCCGGCAGUGGAGUAGGAGUCAUCGGGAGUAACGGAGGCAGCUCAGGGUCGGCGGGGAGCAGCAUGCUGGGAGGAAACUCCUCGCUCUCGAUCAGGCCGCCGAGCCAACAGAAGCAGAACGGCAGCAGCACCAACGCUUCGUGUUUGUCCUUUUCUCUUACAGGUUACAGUGCCGUGGUAGCAGACAGCACAACAGACUCCGCCCUCAACAGUGCCAGCCAAUCACAAAUCAGCCAACCCUCGUGUUUGACCUCCACAGCCAAUCAGCCUAAGGACACUGGUCCGAGUUUACUCGGCUCUCUAAGUCUGUCAUCCAGCUCCCCGUCGCCGGCUUACUACAGCGAGGCCAAAACAGUGAUGGGAGGCAGCCUGCUGAACGGCCCGCUGUCGUACUCACAGCCCACAGACGGCAUCAAGCCACAGGAGCCUCUGAGCAGCCUGAAGUCCAUGGCCGAGCGAGCAGCACUCAGCUCAGGGAUGGAGGGAGACGUGCCCUCCCUGCACCUCACCUCAGACAUCUUCCCCAGCAGCACUACGGCGCCCUCGGGCCCCCCGUCAGCACCUCAGCCCUCACUGUCAGAGGUCAGCAUCCCCCCCUCGUUGGGGGUCUGCCCGCUGGGCCCAGUCCCCCUGUCCAAGGACCAGCUGUACCAACAGGCCAUGGAGGAGGCGGCGUGGACCCACAUGCCCCACCCGUCCGACUCGGAGAGGAUCAGGUGCAGUGAAAUGCAGUACCUGAUGAGGAACCCGUGCCCCACCCUGCCUUUCCACCACCAGGUGCCACCGCCACACUCGGACACGGUGGAGUUUUACCAGAGGCUUUCCACGGAGACGCUCUUCUUCAUCUUUUACUACCUGGAGGGUACUAAGGCCCAGUAUCUGGCAGCCAAGGCCCUGAAGAAGCAGUCGUGGCGUUUCCACACGAAGUACAUGAUGUGGUUUCAGAGACACGAAGAACCUAAAACCAUCACCGAUGAGUUUGAGCAGGGAACAUAUAUUUACUUUGAUUAUGAGAAGUGGGGCCAGCGGAAGAAGGAAGGCUUCACGUUUGAGUACCGGUACCUGGAGGACCGCGACCUCCAGUGACCUGCAGCCACAAAGAACGGACGGACGGACGGACGGACGGACGGACGGACGGACGGACGGACGCCAGGCGGGAUGAGGGAGGACGGCGAGUGGUCCACCUGCCUGCUGACAUUCCUGGAUUUAAUCCCAGCUCUUUCGGAGAGGAAGGAGGAGGAGGGGGGAGGGGCAAACGGCUUUACAAGGACACAUUUAAAGACCCCUCCCCCUCCGCUCGACUCUCCACGCCACCUCCUCCAUCAUCAGGCAUUUUUCUUUUUUCCUGAACUUUAACGAUAAGACACAAAAUCACCCUGUAUACACUCUCUCUCUCUCUCUCUCUCUCUGUCUCUCUCCCUCUCUCUCUCUCUCUGUCUCUCUCUCUCUGUCUCUCUCUCUCUCUCUGUCUCUCUCUGUCUCUCCCUCUCUCU